AUGGCCGAACGGGAAGGCGGGAGCGGUGGAGAUGGGCGUGGGGAAGGUUCAGAGGCAUGUGGAGGUGUGGUGGUUGCUGCUGGGGAGGGUGUUGCUGCUGGUAGUGCUCGGGUGGAUGGCAAUUUGGCUGCUUCGGCAGCUGCUGCUGCUGUCGCAGCUGCGGCAGCAGCAGGACAUGCAGCAGUCGUAGGUGUAGGGAUGGGAGGAGGGGGAAGAGGAGGGGGAGGAGGGAGAAGGGAGGGGAGUGAGACAGGGACGGCAGCUACAGGGACGGAAACAGCUGCUGCAGCAGAAGCGUUUGCGGGGCUGCAAUUUAGAGUACCAGGGGGGGGCGUGGGAGUGGGAGGAGGGGACGAUGGAACUUCUGGUUCUGAUGCUGCUGCUGCCCCUGCUGCUACUGGUUCGGAUGCCAAGGAUGCUGACCUGGAAAGGGGCCCUGCUGACGUGGCUGGCAUGGGCAACAGUGUGUCUGCCAGGGAUGCUGACGUGGACAGGAAGGGCAGUGCGCGGAAACAGGAGGGAGAGGGAGGGAAGGGAGAGGGUGUGAAGGGAGAGGCUGGGAGGGAUGGAAGUGGGAAGGAAGGAAGUAGGAAGGGAGAAGGCGGGGUGGGAGAAGGAGGGGUGGGAGAAGGUGGGGUGGGAGAAGGUGGGGUGGGAGAAGGUGGGGAGGGAAGUGAGGUCAAGGGUGAGGCGCAGGGGCAAGAGAGGGGGGGGUCAGUUGGAGGACGGAAGGAUGCAGAGAGGCGGGGUGAUGGAGGAAGGGAGGAAGGAGGGGUUAGCAAGGCAGAGGAAGGAGGAGGAAAGGAAACCGGUGGCAGUGGUAGUGGUGGUGAUGGUGGCGGUGGAGGUGGCAGCGGCAUGCUGCAUGUGUUCAGGGUGGAUCCAGCUCAUGCAAAGCUGUACUGCCAGUGCCUGUCCCUCCUGGGCAAGCUCUUUCUGGAGCACAAGCCGCGGGUGUACACCGUUGAGGGUCACACCUUCUACGAGUCUUCCCCUCCUGCCAGCCCACCACCCAAGCAUGACUCUCUAGCAGCUGGCACUGAGACGGUCGAUCCACACAGGCUCGAAGCAAAGGCAGAGGCGGCACCUAAUGCGGCUCAAAAGCUGGCCUAUGACAUGACAGCAGCCCGUCAGCAGCUUCUGGUGCCCAAGCCCCCCCUCUCUGACCUGGGCACUGUGAGUGCAUGGGGGGCUGCUGGGGUGGGUUGGGAAGUCCGAGAGUUCCUGAGUUGCCAGUCCCCACCUACCCCACUCCCCACCUUCCCCUCUCCCAACCGCCCCCACUCCCCACCCUACCUCUCCCACUUCCCCAAUCCUAACCUCCCCCACUCUCCACCUUCCCCAAUCCUAACCUCCCCCCACUCUCCACCUUCCCCAAUCCUAACCUCCCCCACACCGCUUCAGGUGGCCCUCAGAACUACUGGCUCUGGCAGCUGUUGUUGGCAGGUGCCUCAAGUAUCCCCCCUCCUCCUUCCCCUAACCCCCCCACUUCCUCCCACUGUUCUCCCCUGUACCAUGCCCACCCACCCACUCCCCCUCUCCCUUCCAGGUGGCCUUCAGUAG